GCCUGCUCAUAAUCCUCCACCUCCUCACGACCCCGCAAAAGCAACGUCCUUCUACCGUCCUCCUCUUGGCUCUUGUGUAUCGGUGCCCCCGUCGACAACAACCCCUGCUUAGACCUGCAGCAUAUCUCGCCCGCACGGCCCAGAUAUCCUGCCGCAUACUCUGUAACCCCACUCACGCAACUCACAUACCCGAUGGCUCUCCCGAUCACCAUCCCCGCUUCCCCCGCUGCUACCGGUUCCCCUGCCUCUACUGACGGCACCAACGGGCCUCAGACCCCUUCCUCUCCUUCCAACCCCCCCACGCUCGCUCUUCCCCCUGCGGAUGCUGCGGCCCCUGCGGCUGCUCCCGCCACCACUAAUGGCUCCGCCAACAGCGCUGCAACCAACGCUAACAAGCGCAAGCCCAGCCGCCGGGCCAACACGGCCGAACGUAGGGCUACCCACAACGCCGUGGAGAGGGCGCGCCGAGAGACUCUGAAUAGUCGUUUCCUCGAUCUCGCGGCGCUACUGCCCAACCUCUCUCAAAUCCGCCGCCCCUCCAAGUCCUCGAUCGUGAACUCGUCGAUCGCCCACGUCCACGCGUCCCGUCGCCACCGCCUUAUCGCUGCUCGCGAGCUCCGCCUCAUCAAGCUCGAGGCCGAUGCGCUCCGCCGCGAGCUGAACGAGUGGCGCGAUCGCUCCGGUCUCCCCCGUGUUGAAGAGCCCGUCCGCGGCGAGGCCUUCCAGAUGGUACUGAGCGGCGAAGUCGAGAUCCUCAGCGCCGGCCCCAUCGAGGAAGAGGAUGGCGCUGAUUACGCUGGUGACGACUACGGCGAUGAUGAUUUCGUAGGCGCUCAAAACGGCGGCGUCGUCGGUAACCAUGUGAACCUCGGUCCCGGCGAAGACGCACCCAUGGACGAGAUGCGCGCCCCGAUAGCGCACGCGGCCGCCUCUGCUCUCCUCAAGAACGACCCCUUCGCCCACGGCGUUCCCAACAACGGCAUGCACCUCCCGCCGUUGAUGACCCGCCACGGCGGACACAACAGCGGCACGCCCAUGAUCGUCCAGAGCCCCUCUUCUGUGUCGUUCGAGAAUCCUGCCAUGGUGUCCAUGUACGAAUCCCACCACGGCAUGGGCGGCAACCAGUUCAACGGGCAGUUCUUCCCCGGCAUGAAUGAGGACAAGGUCUCUUGGCACGGCUCGAUGUACAACGGGAUCGCCAACCCGGGCCCCGGCCAGCAGCAGUUCACGCCGCCGUCGACCGCGCAAGGCCAGCAGCAGCGCGCAUACUUCAUGAACAUGCAGCGGCAGCAGGCGAUGAUGCAGCAGCAGCAACAGCAGCAGCAGCGCGGCAUGGGUCACGCGUACGGAAGCCCUGACGGGGACGACUCGUCGAGCGUCGGGUCCGCACCGGCGCGCCGCGAGCGCAGCGGCAGCAUGGGCAGCAACGGGAGCGGGUACGCCUCGCCGGGCUCGAGCGGUGGGUACGAGGUGCCGCGGCGGAUGGGCAGCGGGAACGGCGCACCCUUCGGCGGCGAAGGCAUGGGCAUAGGCAUGAACGGUAUGGGCAUGGGCCCCGGCAUGAUGAAAAGUGCGCCGAUCAGCGUUGGCGGCGGCGGGAACGGCCACGGAUACGCGUCCAUGAUGCUCUGAGCGCACCCCGCGGUCGUUCCCCCUCCUCUCGACGGGCGCGCUGGACAAGUAAGCGCGUUCUGUCGACGGCGCCCCCUUUCCUUCCCGACUGCCGUGUACGAUUUUAAUUGGCAGCUCUCUACGCACUCCUAAUCGGCCUCGCCACCUGUUCCCCCUGGCAGGCCCUGCCUAUCUAUUUCUCGUCUACCGUCGCUGUGUGCGCCGUU